CCUAACAGAUGAAUACAAACAUUGACAAUAAAAAAAGAGAAAUAAAAGCAAUUGAAAAUACUGGAAAAUUUCCCAAUCAGAGGCGUAAGUUAGCUGGAACACGUAGGGGGUAGCCAGAAAUUUCACUCCUCUCUUACAAGUUUCCAGAAUAUCGCAGAGAUUAGGGUUUCUUUCUCCAACUUUCAAGACUCGCUCUCAUUCUCUCUCUUCCCUGAUAUAGAAAACCCUAUACCUUCGAAAGAAUGGAUGAAGGCGACGGGGCUGAUCAAAUGGAUCAGUUCCACCGCAACGAGGCGAUCUCGGCGGUGGCCGACGAUGGUUUUUUGGCCGAGGAGGACGACGAUUAUGAGGACCUUUACAACGACGUCAAUGUCGGCGAGGGGUUUUAUCAGUCUAUGAGAAAGAACGAGGAUGUAGGGUUUAGGAAUGAGGUGGUGGAGGAGAAGAAAGUUGAGGUUGAGUCACCAGAUGUUGCUCCGUCGGAAUCUCAAGGUGGUCUGAUACCCGGUAGUGGUGAGGAGACCGGUGGGGGUGGGGGUGAUGGAGGGGUUAGAGGUUCUGGGUAUAAUAAUCAGAAUCUAGGGUUUAGAGGGAACGAUAUGGGUAUGAAAGGGAGUGGUGGGUUGGGGCCCGUUGGGGGCGGGGGAGGAGGUGGGAUUAGGGUUGAAUUAGGGCAGGCAUCGAGUAAGAAGAAUGAGUUUGAGCAACAGAGUGGGAAUAAUAGUAGUGUUGGGGUGCAAGGGAUUGUUGCUCAGCAGCCGCCACAACAAUUGCAACAACAACAUCAACCACAUUCUCAUCCGCAACAGCAACAGUUACAUGGCCCUGCUGCUGGUGGGAAUGUGGGGAAUGAGGGCAUGUUGAGGCAAGCUGGUAGUGUUGGAGGUGGUAAUAUGAAUGGGAUUGGUGGGAAUAGUGGUCCGGGAGGAGGAUUUAGUGGUGCCGCUGGUGGUGGAGCGGGGACAAUAUUGUUUGUGGGUGAUUUGCAUUGGUGGACUACUGAUGCAGAGCUGGAGGCAGAGUUAUGUAAGUAUGGACCUGUUAAGGAAGUGAAGUUUUUCGAUGAGAAAGCAAGUGGAAAGUCAAAAGGGUACUGUCAGGUUGAGUUUUAUGAUCCUAAUUCUGCCACGGCCUGCAAGGAAGGGAUGCAUGGUCAUGUGUUUAAUGGGCGCCCAUGCGUUGUUGCAUUCGCAUCACCAUUUAGUGUUAAGAGAAUGGGGGAGGCUCAAGUAAAUAGGAACCAGCAAGUAACCCAAACUGCAGUGCCUCAAAUUGGUGGGAGGAGGGGGUCCAAUGAAGCCGGGAAUAAAACUGGUGGGAGUAACAUUUCAACUGGCGGGAAUUAUCAAGGUGGGGAUAACAAUAGAGGUUAUGGGAGAGGUAACUGGGGGAGAGGUAAUACUCAGGGUAUGGGAAAUAGAGGACCGGUUGGACCAAGGAAUAGGGGUGCGAUGAAUGGAAGGGGUAUAAUGGGUAAUGGUGGAAAUGGGUUUGGGCAAGGUAUUGGUGCAACCCCUCCUAUGAUGCACCCUCAGUCAAUGAUGGGUCAGGGUUUUGAUCCAGCUUUUGGUGGACCAAUGGGGAGAAUGGGAAGUUAUGGAGGCUUUCCUGGUGCUCCUACACCUCCUUUCUCAGGAAUCUUGUCUUCAUUUCCACCUGUGGGGAAUGUUGGGCUACCUGGAGUGGCCCCUCAUGUGAAUCCUGCAUUUUUUGGAAGAGGAAUGCCCAUGAAUGGAAUGGGAAUGAUGCCUACAUCAGGUGUUGAUGGGCCUAAUAUGGGGAUGUGGUCUGACCCUAGUAUGGGCGGAUGGGCUGGUGAAGAGCAUGGUGGUGGCAGAGCUGGGGAGUCUAGUUAUGGCGAGGAAGCUGCUUCUGACCAUCAAUAUGGUGAGGUUAGUCAUGAUAGAGGAGGUGCAUGGCCAAAUGCCAUGAAGGAGAAAGAUAGAGGUUCAGAGAGGGACUGGUCUGGAUCUUCUGAUAGAAGAUAUCGGGAUGAUAGGGAUCAGGGAUAUGAGAGAGACGCGCCUAGAGAGAAGGAGGUGGCUCAUGACCAUGACUUCUCUGAAAGAAGGUAUCGUGAUGAUGUUGAUGUUAGUCGAGAACGGGACAGAGAGCGUGAUAGGGGUCGAGAACGUUCUCGAGAUCGUGAUCGUGAACGUGAUAAAAAUCGUGAACGAGACCGUGACAGACACAGGGAAGACAGAGACAGAUAUGCUGAUCAUCAUAAGUACAGAGACCGUGAGCAGGAACAUGAUGAUGAAUGGGAAAGGGGACGGUCAUCCAGGCAUAGUAAGGCACGUGUAACUCAAGAGGCUGACCGUCGGUCAAGAUCAAGGGAUGCUGAUUAUGGGAAGAGAAGGCGGCUUACUUCUGAGUAACUGCUCUACUUCUUACUAUUCUUUACUUUCUAUUGAGAAAGAAAGGCAAUAGAGUAAAAAGAACUGCUGGCUUUUGGUUCGCCGUGCUUAUUUGGAUUCUCUUUCAAGUGGUGUUUUUGGGUCCUUAAUUCAUCCAAUGGCUGCUCUCACGUCAUUGCGUAAAUGUUUUUUUAUUGCUUCUGUCUAGCGGGAGCAGAGUUUAAUUCUCAUGUGGAUAAGUUUGAAGGACACUCUACCGUGAGAAUUGAAGCUGUUAAGUUGAACUUGGAGUUUGACGACCUCGAUAAUCUACAACUGAAGAGACGAUGCACGGUGUUUCGCUUUCACUACCUGGAUAUAGAGCCUGAACACUUUGCUUUUGGUUUUAGCUUUUGUUUAUGUUUAUGUUUGAGUAAAUUAGAGCACUUGAUCGAAAAGAUUUGUGGAUAUUGUUAUAACGGCAUGAAAUUGCUGGAGUCUAUGUGGUAGAUUGUUUCGGAACCUGAUAUUGACUGUUGUAAUAGGAUAUGGCAGAGGAUGUUGGUAAUAUGCCUUGUUUUGGUUGUAUCAUUUUGCCCCCAUUUUUUGUUUUGGGUUUGUAUACCUCCAAUGCUGAUUGUGCCCAAUUUUUGUGAAGAUGUAGAAAACUAACCAUUCUUUUGUAGCAAGUGUUUUUAGACCCUUUAGAGUUAGAAUUGUAUAGUUGUCGCA